UUUUUUUGCUAAUCGGGCAUAAUAACAUAGAGAAUCCAGUAACAGUCAUGUUUGAAGCGUGAAGGUCCAGAUCUUUCCAGACUUUACCCGCUUUUGCGGUUUCUCCCCGGACAGUCUACAGGGCGGUACCAGAGUGACGUCACGUACGUCCUGCCGUGGGAGGAGCUUGCGUGACGCAUCAAAACUCGAUGAAAACAGACAGGGCUGCGGCUAACCGAAGACACUGGAGCUCAGGGAUAUUCGGUUAAAUUCCUGUGAAAACGGACAAAAGUCACAAGUAACUCGGAUAAUCGAGCUGCCUUCCUCUGGGACACAACAGGGCGACAAGAAAACGAGACCCGUCAGAGCUCACCGCUGUUUUCUGAGAUGGAGUUUCCAGAUUUGGGAGAGCACUGCUCUGAGAAGACCUGCAAACGUUUAGAUUUUCUUCCAAUGAAGUGUGAUGCCUGUCAAGAGAUUUUCUGCAAGGACCAUAUAACCUAUGCAAAUCACAAGUGCAUGUCAUCCUACAAGAAGGACGUCCAGGUCCCAGUAUGUCCUUUGUGCAACACCCCUAUCCCCAUCAAGAGAGGAGAGAUGCCCGACAUUAAAGUUGGUGAACACAUUGAUCGGGACUGCAAAUCGGACCCCGCACAAAGAAAGAGAAAGAUUUUCACAAAUAAAUGCUCUAGAGGUGGCUGUAAGCAGAAGGAAAUGAUACGAGUGACCUGUGAUCAGUGUCAUUUAAAUUACUGUCUUAAACAUCGGCACCCGCUAGACCACGAUUGUAAGACUGAUGGGAAACCUCUGUCCAAAACCGGACAUGCUGCUGUAAUGAGGGCCCAGGGAGGUUCCUCCACCUCUGCUUCAGCUUCUAGUUCAUCUAGUUCAGGAAAUCCUAGAGAAAGGCCUGUUUCCAAUGGUCUGAGCUCAAACAGCAGAGGUUACAACUCUGGCUCUGUUCCUCGGAUUCCUACUUCCGUUUCAGCACAGAAUGUCAUCCCACCAUCAGCCUCGUUUCAGGCUGGCAUGACAGAGGAGCAGGCUUUACAAAGGGCUCUGGAGAUGUCCUUGGCUGAUUCGAGGCCACCUGUUCAACCGACCCUAAGUCCUCAGGAGCAGGAGGAUCUGGCUCUCGCUCAGGCUCUCGCUGCCAGCGAAGAAGAAUACAGACGCCAGCAGCAGAGACAACAGGUACCCGGAAAGCUUAGCCGUCACUAGCAUGCUAGCAUGGUAGAGAGUCCAAACAGUCCAACUGCAGCCUUUCUUAAUCUCAGACCGCCAUUUAGAUUUCAAGCAAAUUAUUUAGGAGAAACCCGCACAUCCGAGAUCACUGAUUGUUCAAUGAAGACAUAACUCUUGAGAGAGAUUUUGCCGCCUUCUACUCUAUAAGCACAUGUACUUUCCAGCAGGAUCUGUCAUUUUUACUAAUGAUUUGCUCUGUACAUAUUUUAUAAGCCGAUCAUAAAGAAUCCAUUAUAUUACCACAUAUGAAUAUUCAAUAAAUUAUGUCAAAGAUGAA